AUGGCUAUUGCCACUUCCAGCCCCAGGACAUCCUUCAACCAGAAGAUGCUGUACCACAAGGAGAUCCUCUCCUUGAUGGAUGCCGUGGUCACCGGGGAUGAGGUGAAGAAUGGGAAACCCGCGCCUGAUAUCUUUCAGGAGGCGGCACGACGGCUAGGCAAGAACGCCAGCAAGUGCGUGGUGUUUGAGGACUCGCCCUUGGGCAUCCGUGGGGCACAGGCUGCUGGAGCCUUGACAGUGGCACUGCCAGAUCCCAGGUUCCCCGAGAAUGCUCGGAAGCUGGCGGAGCUGUCGCCCACCUGGCUGUUGAAGGAAGGUAUCGGCCAAUUUAACCACGAAGAGCUUGAACUGGAAGACUGA